ACACUAAAAAGCUCAGGCGGAGUUCCAACUGUAGCGCAACAUUUUUAGAAAAUCACAUGCUGAAGUUUGGAUUAAAUCGAUUAAACUAUGCCGUAUCUUCUGGCCUUGUCAAAAGUCAAAAAAGAAGCAUAUACACAAGGCUACCUUUAAAAUGGUCUACUUCACAUAUUACAUAUAGAGAAGAUCAAGUUCCGAGAAACACAGAUAUGCUAGUUAUCGGUGGAGGUAUCAUAGGUUGGGCAACAGCUUUUUGGCUCCGACGUGAUUCAAAGUUUUCUGUCACUGUUGUUGAGAAGGAUCCUACAUAUAGUCAGUCAGCCACAGUUCUUGGACUAGGAUCUAUACGACAACAAUUUUCAGAACCAGAAAAUAUACAGAUGUCAUUGUUUUCAAUCGAGUUUUUGAGAAAUGUCUCAAAUUAUCUAUCGGUGGAAGGUUUGAAACGAGUAAUUUUAUAAAUUGUUUAGUUAAGAUCCAACAGAAAGCAUAGAUAUUGGUUUCAAUCCUCAAGGUUGUUUAAUGUUAGCAAAUGCUGAGAAUGUGGAUUUGUUAAGAGAGAAUUAUUUAUUACAGAUUGAUCUAGGAGCAAAAGUUGAACUGCUAACUAAAGACGAUCUGUCUGCGCGUUGGCCAUGGAUGAAUGUUGACGAUAUUGAAAUGGGUUGCUACGGUUAUGAAAAUGAAGGAUGGUUUGACCCUUUUCUUUUACUGAAGGCAUUGAAAAUAAAAUGUCAUUUCAUGGGAGUAAACUAUGUUGUUGGAGAAGUGACUGACUUCCAUGCUAGUCCAUUCAUUAUGGUAUCUUCUUCUGGUGGGGAGUCACAGAGACCUCCAGUAUUAUGUAAACCUUUACGUUCUGCUACAAUUUCCCUUCCCAACCAAAUGAAUAUUUCUAUUAGUUUUAAUUCAGUAGUAAAUGCAGCCGGUCCAUGGGCAGCACAUGUGGCUGAAUUGGCUGAAAUUGGCAGCGAAAAUCUUCCUUUACGUUUACCAGUUGAGCCAAGAUAUCGUCAAAUUUUCGUUGUGCGACCUAAAAAUACACUUAGUCAUAUAGAAAGUCAUUAUCCAUUACCUGGUUUAGAUAUGCCAUUUAUGAUAGAUCAUAAUCGUUUAUUUAUUGAACGUCGUGAUCUUUCCGGGGAAUUUAUUGUUUAUUCUGAUAAUCCUAAAUUUGAUUCUCUUAAUAAUAAUUGUAAUAAACAAAAUUCGGUGAAUCAUGAAUUUUUCCAUGAAUAUAUUCAACCGUUAUUGUGUAAACGUAUACCAGGAUUUAAAGAUGCUGAAGUAACUUCAGGUUGGAUAUCCAUAUGUGAUUAUAAUACAUGGGAUCAAAAUUUAAUUAUUGGUUCCCAUCCAUUACAUACUAACAUGUAUUUUUGCAAUGGUUCAAGUGGUCAUGGUACACAGCAUGCUAUAGCAAUUGGAAAAUCAAUUUCUGAAUUGAUUGCCUUUCAACAAUAUAAAACAUUCGAUCUAGUACGUUUCUCAUUUGAUCGUUUAUUUUCUAAUCAAACUGUGAAUGAAGUGAAUUGUUUUUAAAAGUUUUCUUGUAGUUGUUCAUUCAUCGCCUUAUUGAAUUAUUCAAUUUAAAAAAAUUUGUAAAUAAAUAUAUAAUUUGUUUGUUUUUUUCUUUUUGUUACGAUCCUCCUGUUCUUCUAUAAAUUGAUAUUAGCAUAUUUAUUAUGCAUUGUUAAUUUAGUUAAUUAAUGUAACUCAGAAGUAAGCAAGUUCAUCCUCAUAUACUUGACUUUAAGCUAUAAUUGUUGUUGGUCUGCAGAGAUUAGCGACUAAUUAUACUAUCUUCUUAUCAAGACUGAAAUAUAUGGAAUGAGUUUUGAAGCUACUACUUGACUGUUUCAACCAUUAGGCUCUACUAUUAUACAUAGUAUAACAAUUGCACAUUUUUGAACAAAUUAUCAUUAUGUAAUCUACGUAUUAAUAAGCUAUCCAAGUCUAAACAUAUUGCAUGUUAUUUCAAAGCCAAACGGUGGGGUGAAAGAUGAUAACAAGGGAUACUAUUUGACGGAACCGAUUGUACACUUAGUUCAAGUCUUACCCUAAAUAUUUCUCUUUCCUGGUCAAAGGGAUUGAUGUAUCUGCCAAUAAUUUGUGGACACUAUUCGGUCUACCAACUACAGUAACCUAGUCAUUUUUAGUCUUCCCAUGUAGCAGGUUAGACAAGCGUUUAAAGAGGCUUAUGUAUCUGUAUCUCUAAGUCAUUGAUCUUAAUCGAUUUGUUGUAUCUCAGAUGAACCGGUUGAGAAGUUGGUUCUAAUUCUGAUGUGAUUGUGACUAGAGUGGUUUGUCUUUCGAAUUGAAUUGUCACGGAAUAGUUCUUUUCGAAUUAGUUAUUCAAAAUUUUACAGAAUAGUCGCAAUUUCAAAGUAAAAGUAGGUGAAAAAAUUUGACGACAAUUUUCUGAUAGCAGUUUAUUUAGGAAAAUAGUUCCUGGUGCUUUCUUUUCUUUGUUUUGUAUGGUUAUACUACAGAAAAAAAUCACAAUAUUAUUACACUUGACUAAUAUCAUAUUGGUCGUACAAAUAUUAGUCGAGUAAUAACUAUAAUUUAUCCUACCUUCACUGUUAUCACAAACCCAUUUCUUAAUUCAAUCUCAUUCUUAUUAAAUAAGAUAAAUCAUAUUUGACAAUGGUAGGAAUAAUGCAAUGAAAAUUACAAGUUAUCUAAUUUAUCGGAAGCAGAGUGGAUUACUUAACAUCAAUUAUUUGUCAGAAAGAGAACUUCUUUAAGUAUACCAAAUUUUGCGAAAUGAGAUAACUUUAACGGUUCUCCAAACAGUUUAGUAUCUGUUCUUCAGAUUCAUUUAUUCAGAAUGAAUUUCAGCUCUUCAAAGGCUAAUCGAUUUGACUGAUAUGCUUUGACUUUAUUUUUAGACUACUAAUUAGUAGAUUAUUUUCUUCUUAAUGGAAAAUCAGUUUCAUUUGUGCUACAAACGUGCAUUUGCUGAGUUUUCCAAAAAGUAUUUUAAAAAUUAAACUUAAUCUUUUAUAUUCUUAGGAUCAGAAAUGAUAAAACUGUUAGCAUACAGAGUUUAACAUUACAGUACGUUUCAAAAUCCUAUGUGUCUAUACUAACUUUAUAAUUACCAUUAAGAAAUGGAACCGUGACAAGUUAACACUGUGACAUAAGCUUUCUGUCCUCCUCCAAAAAUAUUAUAAACAGAUUUGAUUAUAUUCAUUCAGUGUGAUAUUUUCAACAAAGAUUCAAGGCAACAUGCUGAAAUUCUCUUAACCAUGUUACUCCUUAUGGUUACUAGAGUGAGAUAAAGAACAACACUGAUAAUACAUCAGUUGGUUUCUCAACGAAUAGAAAUGUUUGAUAUUUCAACUAGUGUAUGCGUGUUCUGUAUUCUUAAUUAUCUAGAUUAAUAAUCGUAGAGUAUUCGUCUAUUAAAUACUCUAAUACUAUUGUGAUUAGUCAAAACACUAGUUGGUACCAUCUGCUUUUUUUAAAGAAUCCAACUUAGUAAUAAUUAUCCCAGCAUAUUGUGGCCAGUUUGAAAUUUCUCUUCGACUUUUCAUUUGUUGGAAAUAAAUAGACUACCAUAUGCCUAUUAUUAAUUUCAAAUUUGAACUAUAUAUGGAAAGUUCCCGUAUUACUGAAUGGUAUGAUCACUCCGAACUUAUUCAUGAUAACUGAUUAAAUCAGCAUGUACUAAAUAGUUGGACAGAAUAAUACUCAAAACCUUGACAUUAAAUCACACUUGUCGCCUAACCACUUCGUAAAGUUAAACCUAUCUCCAUCAAACAACUUUCAAUAGAGUAACUUUUAGGGUAGUCCCCUAAUAUUUAUACUAACAAAUGCAGUGUAACCCAAACGUACUCAUAAAAUGUUUUGAUCUUAUUUAGACUAUAUUAUGCGUAGUUGUAAGGAAACACACGAAGUAUUUUAUUUUCUAAGGUCAGUUCAUUUGGGUCUCAAAGCAGUGAAGAAUGGCCGUUAAUGCUGGUUAUGGAUUAUUUACAACCAGACAAUUACAUGGUUGCCGAAAGUUAUUUUUCGUUAUGUAGAAAUAACGUAAUAUUCAGUAGGAUACUGAUUAUAUGUCAUGCAUGGGUUUACCGGGUAUUAUGUAAUUAUAUAAACAAAUGGUAGUGUAUUAAAUUCAAUGUUUAACAUAACAAUCGUAACUGUUAUCAAACAAAAUUACUUAAUUCAAGCUUGGGGUAAACUUACCACUAUUUUUAACAAUAACUCUGGCCGUAGCCAUUCUAGGAUUACUACCGAUCCCAAUCCCGGGUAAAGGAGGAGGGCCGGGCAUAAGUCAGUAACCCCAUCCCGUAGAAAACAACCUUGCUAAGAAACCACUAACCAGGAUAAACAACUAAAACCAUUUAAAUUCCACCCUCGGAAUCGAAGAAUAUUCAUGCAUAAGAGUUAUGACGCCUCAUGGUGAAAGCUGAGAUUCUUCAAAAACCACGAAGCCGACGACCCUUCUAACAACCAGAGCAACGAUAAAUAUUGGUAUAUGGAAUGUCUGAAUAAUGUGGGAGGACCAGUUAAAUAGCUGCGCAAAUGAGGAGAUACAACAUGGUGGUUCUUGGACUCAGUGGAAUCGAUUGGACCCAAGCUAAACAGGAAAGGAGGGAUGCUGCUUUACUCUGCUUAUGAAGAAGAGACUGCUUCGAACAUUCAGGGAGUUGCUCUAAUUCUGUCCAAAUAAGCACGUAAUGCACUUAUAGGAUGAGAAUCUCAUGGACCCAGAAUCAGCAAAGCAUCCUUUAAAACAAAGGAAGGAAUCAACAUGGAUGUUAUGCACCCACCAAUGAUAACCACAAAAAUGAUGAAGAUCAGUUGUAUGAGAAGCUUCGAUCGAUCAUAGCGAAGUGAUUUCGUAUGUCUUCUUAGGAUAAAUAGUUUAUUAAGCCAACAGCUUCUAACUAGGUGAUAUUAGAAAUCUAGAUACUAGGUCUCGUCAGAGAAUUUGACAUUAGUCGUGUAAAUUGACCAGUAUUUUAUAAAUGAGUUACAUCAUUACUUCAAUCGAAAACACGGCAACCUAAUUACUAAACAUCUAUUACAUUUGCCUAAACAUGU